AUGAAGCGGAUCGACGUGGCUCUGGUGCUCAGUCCCAGUACGGUGCUCCCUCUAGUGCUCAGUCCCAGUACGGUGCCCCCUCUGGUGCUCAGUCCCAGUACGGUGCCCCCUCUGGUGCUCAGUCCCAGUACGGUGCCCCCUCUGGUGCUCAGUCCCAGUACGGUGCCCCCUCUGGUGCUCAGUCCCAGUACGGUGCCCCCUCUGGUGCUCAGUCCCAGCUAUGGUCUGCAGUCUCGGAGGAGACCAUUUGAGUCCAGCCUGAAGCCGACCUACGGUCAGCAGUCCAACGGAGGCUAUGGCCAGCAGUCCAGCAACGGGGGUUACAGCCAGCAGUUCAACGGAGGCUACAGCCAGCAGUCCAACGGAGGCUACAGCCAGCAGUCCAGCGGAGGUUACAGCCAGCAGUCCAGCGGAGGCUAUGGCCAGCAGUCCAACGGAGGGUACGGACAGCAGUCCAGCGGAAGCUAUGGCCAGCAGUCCAACGGAGGAUAUGGCCAGCAGUCCAACGGAGGCUACGGACAGACAGAGCCUCCUACGCCCUACUCGUUCAGCUACGACGUGCUGGAUGUCCGUGGCAAUGACUUUGGCGCGGCCGAGGAGUCCAACGGUGAGGAGGUGCAGGGCCAGUACAGCGUCGUGCUGCCCGACGGCCGACUCCAGACCGUCUCCUACUCGGUCCAGGGCGACUCUGGCUUUGUGGCCGACCUUGAGUACGAGGGCGAGGCCAAGUUCCUCAACGCCUACGGCGAGGAGGAGGGUCGCAGCAACGUCAAGAGGGGGCGUGGCCCGACCGGAGGUCAGGGUUACGGCUCCAGCCAGGGACCGGCCUACGACGUGCUGGAUGUGCGUGGUAAUGACUUUGGCGCGGCCGAGGAGUCCAACGGUGAGGAGGUGCAAGGUCAGUACAGCGUCGUGCUGCCCGACGGCCGGCUCCAGACCGUCUCCUACUCGGUCCAGGGCGACUCUGGCUUUGUGGCCGACGUCGAGUACGAGGGUGAGGCCAAGUUCUUCAACGCCUACGGCGAGGAGGAGGGUCGCAGCAACGUCAAGAGGGGGCGUGGCCCGACCGGAGAGCCACGCGACUCCCCUGCCGACUCGCUACCGAGUCGUGCCGACUUCCUGUCGCUGCCGAGUCGUGCCGACUUCCUGUCGCUGCCGAUUCGUGCCGACUUCCUGUCGCUACCGAGUCGUACCGACUUCCUGUCGCUGCCGAGUCGUGCCGACUUCCUGCCGCUACCGAGUCGUGACGAUUUCCUGUCGCUCCGACCGCUGGAGACCGGCGUGGCUCUGGUGCCCAAUCACUACGACGUACUGGACGUGCCUGGUAACGUCUUUGGCGCGGACGAGGAGGCCAACAGCGACUCUGGCUUUGUGGCCGACGUCGAGUACGAGGGCGAGGUCACGUUCUUCAACGCCUACCGCGAGGAGGAGGGCCGCAGCAACGUCAAGAGGGGACGUGGCCCGACCAGAAGCUAUGGUCUGCAGUCUCGGAGGAGACCAUUUGAAUCUAGCCUGAAGCCGACCUACGGUCAGCAGUCCAACGGAGGCUAUGGCCAGGAGUCCAGCAUUGGAGGCUUUGGUCGACAGUCCAACGAAGGCUACAGCCAGCAGUCCAACGGAGGCUACAGCCAGCAGUCCAACGGAGGUUACAGCCAGCAGUCUGGCGGAGGCUACAGCCAGCAUUCCAACGGAGGCUAUGGUCAGCAGUCCAACGGAGGUUACAGCCAGCAGUCCAACGGAGGCUACGGACAGACAGAGCCUCCUACGCCCUACUCAUUCAGCUACGACGUCCUGGAUGUCCGUGGUAACGACUUUGGCGCGGCCGAGGAGUCCAACGGUGAGGAGGUGCAGGGCCAGUACAGCGUCGUGCUGCCCGACGGCCGACUCCAGACCGUCUCCUACUCGAUCCAGGGCGACUCUGGCUUUGUGGCCGACGUCGAGUACGAGGGCGAGGCCAAGUUCCUCAACGCCUACGGCGAGGAGGAGGGUCGCAGCAACGUCAAGAGGGGACGUGGCCCGACCGGAGGUCAGGGCUACGGCUCCAGCCAGGGAUCGGCGUAUGGAAAAUAA